UCGCAGGCGUAGCCUUAUAUGGUUAUAUGAUUAACCUAUUAGUUUAACUUUUAUUCUAUGUAUUUUAUAUAUUAAACAGAAUGAUUGGCAUGCGAAUGAAUGCGUUUAAUGAUACUGGACUUGGUGAACCAGAGCAAGAUGCAAAUACAGCUCUCAUAGAAUUAGAUAAAGGCUUACGUUCCACAAAAAUUGGAGAACAAUGCGAAGCAAUAGUACGAUUUCCUCGAUUAUUUGAGAAAUAUCCUUUUCCUAUACUAAUAAAUUCGUCCCUAUUAAAAUUAGCCGAAGUUUUUCGAACUGGCAGUAAUUUUUUACGUGUCUGGGUUCUUAGAGUAUGUCAACAAAGUGAAAAGCAUCUGGACAAAAUUUUAAAUGUUGACGAAUUUGUUAGACGUAUUUAUAGCGUAAUACAUUCCAAUGAUCCAGUUGCUAGGGCUUUGACUUUGCGUACAUUGGGCAGUGUAGCUGGUAUUAUUCCAGAAAGACAACAGGUUCAUCAUAGUAUAAGAAGAUCAUUAGAUUCUCAUGAUUCAGUUGAAGUUGAGGCUGCAAUAUAUGCUGCACAAAUGUUUGCUGCACAAUCUAAACUGUUUGCUGUUUCUAUGUGCAGCAAAAUAUCUGAUAUGAUUAGAGGUCAAGCUACGCCAGCAUCAAUGAAAUUACAGCUUAUACCUAUUUUACAAUAUAUGCACCAUGAUACUUUUACAGCUUCAAUGGUAAAUGAUCUUUGCAUGGAACUUCUUGCUAGUUAUCCAGCAGUUGAAUUUGUCAGAGUUACAUUAAGUGCUUUAAGUACAUUGGCUUCUGCAACAUUAAUUGAUAUCCCACAACAAGUUGCACUUCUCUUACGUUAUCUACAAGAUGACCCAAGAUUGUCUAUCAAACGUCAUGCUUUACAUUUAUUGCAUACUUUAGCAAGGAAGGGGGCACAUCUGUGGCCACAGGGUGCUCUUAAUAAUUUAAUCGAAAGUACUACAACACUUCUACAAGAUGGUGCUGGGAAUAAAGAUCUCCUUAUUCGAACAUUAGAUGUGAUUGAGGUACUCAGUCAAAGUGCAGUAACAUGCGAUGCAAAUAGGGAAGAAGGAAAUCCUCUUUUAUCUUUAUGCGUAAAUGCGUGUUAUUCCCCUAAUCCUUUCGUUGCAGUAAAAGCAAUUACAAUUUUAGCCAGAGUUACGUGUUACUGCUAUGAAGAAGAUUUACCAGCUUAUGGUAUACAAGAUGUUGUAUCUUGUCUUGAAUCUUUAAUUGUAUUAUUAGCUCUGAAUGAUAAAUACCUACGUCAGUUGAGAGUCUGCCUGCGGUCAACAGUAAAAUUGUGUCGAGCACAGCCGAGCCACUGUUCAGUAUUUGUUGACGCUAUUGGUAGUACACUCUUUAAUACCAAUACAGAAGGUGGCCAGAGUGAAAGACAGGCAGUUGCUUUGUGUGAAGCUCUGGGUGCUAUUGGAAGUUUAGGAGAAAACACAUUACUUCCCCUUUUACCAGAUAUAUUGGUGAAACUUAAACAGACAUCGCAUAUACACGCAAAGGUGAUGUUAUGUACAUUACUUUUUCAAAUGGUGGCUGGAGGUUAUGAAUGGAAUGCGGAAUGUAUGGAAGCAGUAGAUGAGGUUAUUAAAAAUGUAGAUGGUUGGGCUAAGUAUCGAAUCGCACGCAGCGCUGCAAGAUAUGGUCAUCACACUAUAGCAACACAAAUAUUUAGAAGCCUAAAGGAAACGGUAGCAUCCGAGCAAUUACAUUUCUGGCUAUCUGGUUUGGAACUAGUUACGAAAGCUGAAAGCUAUCUCAUGGAGAAGACAGAAGAAAUGGAGAGCAAAGUAAAAGUACAUAUCGUUGAGAAGUUAAGCGGAGCUAUCGCGCGUUAUGCAAGCGCAUGUGCCUCGUUGAAGGCCGCUAGCACGCCUUUACGAAGUUUACAAUUUGCCAGCGAAUAUUCGAAACUUCGUUGCGAAUUUCUGCAAGCUAUUGUUCAACUGUUGCAUUCAUGCAGAUCUCUUUGCACGGCUCCACCACCUGCUAUAGCAGUUACAGUGGUUCUUGCGACGAAAGACGAUCUACAACGGUAUGGUCGCGUUACUCAUCAGUUGAGAAAGUCAGCGCAAGAAUUGAAAAAUUGUGCGGAGAACUAUCAAAAGUUAUACCAAUCAGCUUUUGACGCUGAUCCAGGUUCAUUGGCAAACAUAAAAGCAUUGCAAGAAAUGUGUCGUUUGCUUGCAAGUAGCGUCGAACGCGUAUGCGGUGGAUCAGGAAUCUGUACAUAUCAUCAGAGCGAGGUAAACUUUGAUUUCGGCGAUACCGUAGAAAUGCGUCAAUUAGCUCGUUGCUGUAAAGAAUUGCGCCGUCUGGCGCCUCCCUGGAUAGAUGAAAAUAAAACGGCGGCGAUUAGCCACUCGAGAGUCAAUUGUUUGAUUUCGCAAGUUAUGUUACUGGCUGGAAGAAAAAUGAGAUUACCAAUGCCACGGUAUUAUUUCCAAGCUUUACAAGCGACUAGCGUCAAGCUGUCCGUGUCACCGCAACCUCGUGUUCUCGGAGAACCGGUAUCUGUUCCUCAGGGUAGUCAGCUGGCGUUGAAGGUCGAGGGCGUGCUGCGACAUGGUCGUCGAGCUUCCCUUUACCGCAGCGUUGCUGCUGUUUGUAUUUCUAUUUCUACCACACCUCCGUCGAAGAUCAAUUCGGAUCAGAAGGAUUCGAACGCGAACGAGCUGCAACAGACUGUGACGCCGCACCGUGAUUUCUUCGCUUGCGAAUUUUUGCUUUCGUUAGGAAGCCCUGCGACGGGGACAACGGCAUGCGCAAGCACCACCGGUAAUGUAAACAGCAACACCAACACUGGUGGCGGACAAUAUCAGGUCACGGCAAGCGCGAGCAUACUUGACAAGGACGGCAACGUGUGGAAAUGUGGACCGCGUUCCACGCUUCAAGUCAGGGUACACGAAGAGCCUACGAAACGGAAGCUACCUUAACUCAAUCCACGUACAGUUUUUUUUAUCAUACAUAAUUUGUAUUGUAUAUAGAAACAUGGAAUAAAAAAAAGUUUUCAUUUUAA